GGCAACUCUUACUGACUUUACAUAUGGAAAGGGCCAAUAAUGAAGCGAAAUCUCGCUCUCAAUCUGUGUAUCUUCUUUCUCUUCUUUUCAUUGAGCUGAAAUGCCAUCCUCUAAAGGGAAACCCACCGACCCAAAACUGCGUGAGGAAGUGAAGGAAGAGAUUAAGCAGAAGCCAAACUCAGAUGGAGGCGGCAAAGGCCAGUGGUCCGCGUGGAAGGCGGCGGAGCUUUCCAAGGAAUACGAAAGGAGAGGCGGUGGCUAUGAGAAUGAGCGCGGAUCCAAAAAUGAACCCAAAAAGGGAGCCCCUCAACCUAAGUCAGAAGAACAGAAACAGAAGGAGCUCGAAAAUUCUGUGAUGAGUGAUAAAAGGACCGAACCAAGGGAGCACUCAGGCGAUAAGAGUGACAAGGAGAAUCAAGCUCCACAGAAGCAGGAGCAGAAAACAAAAGGGAAAAAGACCAGGACUUUCAAGAAGGGCAAGAAGGAAAGGCAAGCCCCUCGCGAAGGCACUCGCAAAAGCUCCAGGCAAGCGGAGAAGAGAAAGAUGGAAGAACAAGAGGGAAGCAAGGCGAAGAAAAACACGAAAAUAAACCAUUAGCUGAGAGGUUCGCACAUAUCAUUUGCUCCAGUCUGACGGCUUCUUCGUGCUAUCAGCUUCGUCUUCGCUCCAACGAGAAUGAUUAGCGUAGGUUACGUGAAUGUACAGGCCGAUGAAAGCCGGUCUAAAUUUUGGUGGUCGAUCACCGAGAAGAGAAGAAAAGAGUGAUCUAUU